GUCACGUGACAGUUUAAGUCAGCUGGAAACUGGGGCGGACGUCGUAAAGAUGGUGAUUUUCAGUGUUUACGUAGUGAAUAAAGCCGGAGGUUUAAUUUACCAAUAUGACAACUACGUCCCACGAAGUGAAGUCGAGAAGACCUUCAGCUAUCCGUUAGAUGUGGUUCUUAAGCACCAUGACGAAAAGGUUAUCGUAUCGUUUGGACAGCGGGACGGAAUUAAAGUGGGACAUGCGAUCCUGUCUAUCAAUGGCGUGGAUGUGAUGGGGAAGAACACCGCGGACGGGAAGGACAUCCUCGAGUACCUCAAAGACUCCGCGAACUAUCCCGUUUCUAUACGAUUCGGACGGGCUCGUCUGAGCUCCAACGAGAAGCUGAUGUUGGCCUCCAUGUUCCACUCGUUGUUUGCUAUCGGUUCACAGCUGUCUCCUGAAGUUGGAAGCUCAGGGAUUGAGAUGCUGGAGACGGAUGUCUUCAAACUCCACUGCUUUCAGACCCUCACAGGAAUAAAGUUUAUAGUUUUGGCUGAUCCUCGUCAGUCGGGCAUCGAUGCGUUACUGAGGAAGAUUUACGAGCUCUACUCCGAUUUUGCUUUGAAGAACCCGUUCUACUCCCUGGAAAUGCCAAUCCGGUGUGAACUCUUUGAUCAGAACCUGAAAAGUGCUCUGGAGGUUGCAGAGAAAGCUGGGAACUUUGGAGCUGGUUCUUAGACCGGAUAAGAGGAGAAAGAUCCUGGGAAAAGUGCAUUUGCUUGUUCUUUUUGGUGAUGUAAAUACAUUUUUUUUGUAAAUAUUUGACAGAUUAAAGUGUGUGGAAAUGUA